AUGGAGUGUAUUGGCUCACGCGUGCCCUAUACGCAAUGGCGCCUCCAUGCGUUCCGACAUUUGCUGGCUACUUCCCAACCCUUGAGCGCCCGUACCGUCAAGCGAAACAGCUCGACUUUGCGACAUGAUCAACCCAAUAAGGCUUCGUCAGACGAAACGUCGACUGCCCCGUCUCAGCGGCUCCCUCAAUCCCCAUUGAUUGCAGAAUCGCGCCGUGCGCGUGAAAAAAAUCGCAAAAGACGCGCGACAUUCGAGGACACAGCAUUGUUGAACAAGAACCCAUGGGCGGUUGCUUUGGCAUCCCCCAUACGUCUGUGUGCAGUCACUGGGGCAAGACUUCCAUUGGACAUUCUAGGUACUUGGGGCCUUGUAAAACAGGCCGACACCCGUUUGCAGUACAUGUUACCCAUUGGCUUGAUGCAGGACACCUUGACGAAAAGCAAAACACCAACUACCAACGCGCCAAAUCUGAGCGCACGGGACCAAGAGCAGAGUCAAGAUGGAACAGAGGAAGAGAAAGCUGAAGGCAGCGAUGAGGCGUCCGUUGAUGCAUUCAUACCGCCGGCUAUUCGAAGCAAACAGCCUACACGCCAGCUCGUCCUCCGCAUGACCGAGUUGCUUCCACUGAUCGAAGCCAUAACAUCUCCGUUGUCAAAAUCAAGGUCAUCGAGGUCACCGAUCCUGCGAUUGCUACCAUUCCGAUGGAGGCAUCCCCAGGGACCCCUGAAGCGAGGCGAUGAGCCUAACCUCCUUUGGCCCAAGAACAUGCCGGAUAUCUUAACACGCAGCAUGCGAAAUGACGUUUACAAAAAGUUGGAUGCAGUGCUCGGGAAAUACAAACGCGUUGGUACCCCGAACGGAGUCUGGAAGCCUCUUGACAUGCCAGAGUACUCGGAUGCUGCGCUCGAGGAAGCUGUAGGUAAACUGGAACCCUUUGAGCGCAUGGCAUGGGGUGGAAUCGUAUUACUUGGCCCGAACAGCCCCACAAGUAUCGCAGGCGAUGCUCAGGCAGAGAGUGAUUUGGAUACAGUCGCUCUCCCACAGACCGGCUCCAAUGUUCCGGUGUUCAACCUGCCCAAACUUCUUUCGGAGUCUGAUCUUCAAAUGCUCUGUGGAUCGCAUGCCCAGUUUCAACAUAAAGCUCUAUUCUUCCGACCCGAAGAGAAGAUGGGAGUCACUGCGCUUUUCUCUCUCUGGAAGAUCAAACGUCUUCUUAGUAAGAUUGACCUUAAAGGGAAGGAAUGA